AUGUGGUAUCUGCAAGCCUUUCAUCCGGAGAUGGCGAUGGAGGCCGUCAUGGGCAUUUCGAUGGCGAGCGGUCUUUCAACGUCGCUGCUCCUCGAGACCGUCCUCCUCAGGUUCGGAAAAGACGGGCUGUCGUGGCCUGUCGCGGCCAAGACUGCAGCUGGCAUGAGCAUGAUAUCCAUGAUCACGAUGGAGUUGGCCGAAAACGCCGUGGAUUACCACCUCACGGGGGGCAUCGUGCAGUUGGAUGACCCGGCUUUUUGGGGUGCUGCGGCCGUCUCUGUGGCUGCUGGUUUUCUCACGCCUCUUCCGUAUAAUUACCACAGGCUGAGGAAGUUUGGCAAGGCAUGCCACUGA